AUGACACGUGUUCCCUUCGGGCUAUGCUGUAGUCCUUAUUUGGCAAUACGCACAGUGCGUCGACUCGCCGAGGAUGAACUUGAGCGCUUUCCCGCGGCUGCAGCUGUCGCUAAGGCGGACAUUUAUAUGGACGACUUAGCCACUAGCUGUUCCUCAGUGGCUGAGGGCGUUGAACUCUCGAAUCAGCUGAUCGACUUGUUUGCGGCUGGAGGGUUCGACUUGGUCAAGUUUUCGAGUAACUCACCCGAAGUACUAGAGAGCAUCCCGGUCUCGCAUCGCGUCUCGGAGGCGGUCGAGUUCAGUCCGGAGAGUCAGCUCAAAAUUCUAGGACUCCAUUGGGUACCGGCCGAUGACGUCUUCACGUUCAGUGUUAAUACGAAGCUGCGCGUGUGCACCAAGCGCAAUAUUCUAUCCACUAUUGCUCGAUUAUGGGACUUGGUAGGAUUGGUGGCGCCGGUUAUACUGCUCGCUAAAUUAAUUUUAAAAUCACUGUGGCAAGCCAAUGUCGAUUGGGAUGGGACUCCACCCCCGAAGAUUAUGUCUUUAUGGCAACAGUUUGAAGCCGAAUUACCAUUUCUCGAGUCUGUUAGAUUACCGCGGCACGUAGGUGUUAAUGAUGGUGCCAUAGUAUCCGUGCUAGGUUUUGUUGACGCCUCGGAAAAUGCCUACGGAGGCGUAGUGUACUUACAUGUCUAUUUCCCGGAUACGAAUCGUACAGCAGUUAAUCUAGUGUGCGCGAAAUCCAAGGUGGCACCGUCUAAAACUGUCAUUACCCUCGCGAGGAUGGAGUUGUGUGCGAACGUCAUAUUGGCAAAAUUAAUGCGUGUAGUUAUUGAUACUUACUCUUCACGCUGUAAGAUUGAUAAUAUAUUUGCGUUUACUGAUAGUACCGUGGCGCUCGCUUGGAUUCACUCGUCCCCCACGCGUUGGCAUACUUUCGUGGCGAAUAGAGUAGCACAAAUUCACGACAAGUUAGAUCCCUGUUGCUUUCAUCACAUACCGGGGAAAGAUAACCCCGCUGAUUGCCUGUCGAGAGGUUUAACCCCUGCGCAAUUGGUCGUGCAUCCAUUGUGGUUCGCAGGGCCGCAGUUUUGUUAUUUAUCACUCGCUGAAUGGCCGGUUCACCCCUUUGAUCCCGCGUCUGUCGAUGAAGCACCUGAAAUGAAACCUAAUGUAUUAGUCACUACCGCACCAUUAGACUGUCACACGUCGCCUCGUGUCUUCGGCUAA